GCAUGCAUGGUUUUCAAGAUAGCUUCUCGACUGUUGUCUGCUGAGGGACUGCUUGUUGCUACAGAUGUCUCACACAUAUCUUUGAAAAACCAACGUCCAUGUCCGGUGACGGGGCCGGCUCCGCCCCGGCCGCCCGCCGCUGGGCCCCGCGGACCUGCUGGGUGGCCCCGCCGCCGACGCCGUGCUGUCUGGCGCGCCGGGAGCUCGGCCUGGGCCGCGAGCCGUACCGCUCGGCCUGUCUGGCGGUGCGCUCCGCGUGCGCGGCCACCGGCCGGCGUCAGCUGCGCCGUCACCUGGCCCGCACGGACGCCGCCGAUUCCGAGUACAACAUUGACCGGGUGUACCUGCACCGGCCCGCCGAGAAACGCGUGUUGGUGGCGCCGGCGUUCGGGCCCCUGGACCUGCCCGGCUCGUUCCAGCCGUUCUUCACGGAACUGUCGCGAAAGGACGACCGGUGCACGGCGCUGGUGGAGCGGCCUCACCCGUACCACGCCUGCCGUCCGCAGGCGUUCUCGGUGCUGGUGCGGCCCGACGGCACUGACCUCGAGGUGGUGGAUGUGGUGUCACGGCGCGUGGAGCGACGCGUCACCCUUACCUCCGCGACCCGGACGGGGGACGGCUCUGGUCGACCGGCCAGUCAUCCGGCCUUCAAAUACAUCCACCACGACCUGGAGAGGAAUGAACUGGUGAUCACGUCCGUACAGACGGUGGAGGCGCUGGUGUCCGUCAUCAUCUUCAGCAUCCAGCCGGUCCAGUUUCUGGUCCGAUUUCAGGUAUUACGGAAGGAGUUUCCGCAUGCCGACUCCGCCACAGUCGGCGAGGGCGUGGUUAUGCUCACCUCACGAUCGCGAGGAGUCGUCUACCUGUACAGCAUCGACAAGAUUUUGGUGGAGCGCAGUCCGGCAGCCGGUUUGGGGGAUCACGUGAUCGCGGACGGCCGACCGCUGGUUGUCGGCGGUACGGGGGACGGUGUACCGACCAACGGUCAGCUGACGGGCGACGCCGCGCCCGUGGCCGUGUUCACCGCACACCAGGGCUAUCUGGAGCUGGGCGGCUCCCCCUACCACCUCGUCAGUCGCCGAAAGGCAGCCGAUGGCUUCGAGGUGACUCGUCUCUCGGACGGGGCUCGGGUGCUGACGUGCGGCCCACUCCGGCCAGGGCUGUCAUCAGAGGCGGCCACGUUUGUCGACGACGGCCCGUACCUCGUACAGCACAGCACUGCUGAGCUCAGGGUGUUUGACCUGACCUGCGGCCACGAGGUGCUGCGGGUGGACGCCGGCCGUCUCUCCGUCCCUGAACCGCCGGUGGAGCGUGGGCCCGUCACCACCCGGUCAGGCCGCCGGGUGCGGAUGCGGCGGUCGGCUCCCCUGGUCCUCCUCGCCUCCGACUGGUGGCUCGCCUGGGAUAUCGAGGACGAGCUCGAGCUGCUCGUCGUGGUCGUGGUAGAGGAGGUGAUCGGAGACGUGGCGGUGCUGCAGCGGCUGCUGCUCUAUGACCGGCGCACGUGGACGCUCUCCUCGGACACUCCACUGCACUACAGCAUGCCGCUCAACGGAGCAGGUCUGUCGCAAGUGGCCGUGGUGGUGGACCGCUGUCUGCUGUUCGUCAAGCUGCGAUCCUCGGCAGCGCGAUGUGUCACCCUCGUCUACAGCCUCGUGGCCCACGCCGAGCCCAGGGAACCGCGGCGGGAGCUGGCGGGCGUCCGCUGCUAGGGACGAGCUCGGGCUCACACCAGGUCAGCGUCUGCUGAUGGGGGGGGGGGGGGGGAGUGAUUGGGUCCUCUGCUGGUCAGCCUCCGCUGCUUGGGACGAGCUCGGGCACACAGCGGGUUAGCCUCCGCUGCUAGAGACGAGCCCGGGCCCUCAGGAGAUCUGCCUCCGCUGCUAAGAACGAACUCGGGCUCACACAAGGUCGGCCUCCGCUGGCUGGAAGAGCUCCGGUCCACUGCUGGUCGGUAACCCCACCUCUUAUACGGCCUUGGUUCCCACUGCUUUGGACGAGCUGGGGCCCACCCGCCAAAUGUGCGCUAAGUGUCAAGUGUCCGCUGAUAGGGAAGAGCCCGAACCCACGCCAGGUCCGCUACUUUAUAGGGACGAGCUCGGUCUCACAUCAGUCCAGCGUCCUAUCGAGCUGAGGUUUACACCAGGGGUCCCACUGAUCGUACGGGACCAACCAGAUAAUAGUCUAAAUCCGCUGCCAGGGACCACCACUUUAAAACCGGCUCGCCGGGCGUCGCCCUGAAUCAUGAUACCUCGGGAGUCCGGACAUUACUGUAGGGUUAGAUAUGUCGUGGAAAGUGGAAGACCUCAUUUAUGUGUUCAACUAGAGAAACGAGCAUUGCCAUUUUGAAAGGUGCAAAGGGCCGUUUUAUAAGAAAGUCAUGUAUACGAUAUAUUCGCUCAUUCCCUAUUUUAUUGAUAUCUUAGUUAUACUCUUUCUUUACGCAUUACAUGUCCUGUGGUAUGUUUUUUAUGAAUCAAUCUGUUUCACGACUAUUAAUAAGCAUUAUGUUCAGAGUACCUACGUAGGAACCGUAUGUUACCAGUAUAACGCCUUUUGGGGCGAGUAACGGAGCGAGCGAGAGGGUGGGCCUUGCACGUGCGAAAUUUCGAUGGGUACCUCCAACUGACUUGUGCACGGCACCCUACUAACCGGUCACUAGCGAUGGGCCAAAUUUGGGCACAAUCGGCCCAGCCAUUCUCGAGAUCUGAAAGCGGCACCCUGCACGUGCGCACGUGCAAAAUGGGUCCCAACUGACUUAUGCACGGCACCCUACUAACUGGUCCCUAACCGUGUGCCAAAUUUGAGCGCCAUCGGUCCAGCCGUUCUCGAGAUCUGGAAACGACCCCUGCACGUGCGCACGUGCAGCAGCACCCCAACUCUGGCACAUGGAUAUGCAGUGCCUAGUGGGUGCCUACCUACAUGCCAACUUUCAGCGAAAUCGGCCAAGUAGUUACCGAGAUAUUGCAACAAUUACAAAACUGACACCUCUUCGUUUUGCACGUGGCACGUGCAUAAGGGGUCACCCACAUGCAUCGGGAAUAGUCCAAUACUUGGUAGAAGGAAUGAAGCUACCCUACAAAAAUUACCGCGUGUAAAUCGGUCAAGUGGUUGCUGAGAUAUAAGCCUCGCAAAAGCGUCCGCACGGCCGGCCGGCCGGCCGGCCGGCCGGCCGCUCAUACUCAGAAAUUUCCGUUAAUCUAAGGAAAGACUCCGCUCGCUUCGCUCGCUCCGUAAAAACGUCUAAUGAACACAUUGAUUGUGAUAUUUCGGCUGUUGCGCCGUGUACAGGUCUCGCGAGAUUAAGCGGUAGGUUUUGCACUUUUACAUUUCCGGUUAUAUCUCAGAAACUAAUCGAUCUACGAUGAAGCCAUUUUACACGAUCAUGGCCGGCUUGUUACCCAACAAGUCGAUCGCAUCUUUAACACUUAAAAGCUUAAGACGACGAAGAUAUAGCCUGAAGUACACUAAAUUUUCUAGGUGCAAAACCUACCGCUAAAACCCGCGAGCCCUGUACCUACACAUUUUUAGAACACCGAUGUUGCUUAUAUUUGUUACGUUGUGUUUCAUUCUCGCGUCAAAGGCAAUAUGUAAAUACAAAUGCAAAUGCAAUAUAUGAAAAGAAUGAG